AUGGCUGAACUCCAGCAGAGCUACAACCAGCAGGGUUUCCUGUCUCCUCUGUCCGUGCUGAAUGAGAUGGAGCUGAGGGAAGCCAGAGACGCCUUUGCUAAGCUGGAGGAUGAAUUUGGUAAAGAGUACACUCAGUACAGCCUCCACAACGUUCACCUCCAGUAUCCCUGGGUGAUGAGCCUGACCAAACAUCCCCGUAUCCUGCAAGUGAUCCAAGCUGUCCUGGGCCCAGACGUCCUCCUGCUGGACUCUCGUUUCAUCUGUAAAUACCCGAUUCUCAAACCAGCCAACAUCCUGGAGAAUGAAGGAAGUCCGACCAAGUCUGAUGGGGAGAACGGUCUUCCUUACGUCGCCUGGCAUCAGGAUAUGAGGUAUUGGGGAAUUGCUGGUGGUCCGGUCCUCUCUGUGUGGCUCGCUCUUGAUGACUCACAGAAGGAAAACGGAGUCCUUCAGGUUAUUCCAGGAAGCCACCGCUCUGGCAUGCUACCCCAUCGCCAAGCCACCCGCUCUGGAAACAUGCUGUCGGUCAACCAGGAGAUCCCAGAGGAGCUGGUUCAGGUGGAGGAGACUGUGUUCUGUCCUCUGAAAGAUGGACAGAUGUCUAUUCAUGAUGGAUUUCUUGUCCAUGCAAGUGAUCCCAACACGUCCCGGAGGAGGCGCUGUGGCUUUGUGAUCCGUUAUGUUCCCACCUGUGCAAACCCCAUUCAGGAUCCUGAUCGACCCAGGAAGUUUCAUGCAACAAUGUUGGCUUGUGGAGAAGACCAGUUCAAUCAUUUCUCCAACAAAAGCUCAUGA